AUGAUCGCGACAGGGGUCUGUGGCGUGGCGCUGGUGCUGGUCCUGGUGGUUCUCAUCCCGGUCAUGGUGAACACGGCCGGACCCCCCGCGCGCUAUGAGAUGCUGGGCUCGUGUCAAAUGGUCUGUGACUCCCACGGCACCGCAGCCACGGCAACGGCUAAAGCCACAAGUCCUAUCAAAGACAACCGCCUGGUCCAGUCGCUACCCACGUUUAUCCAAGGUCCGCAGGGAGAGCCGGGCCGCGUGGGAAGGGUGGGUCCCAGAGGUCCGGUGGGUGAGCCGGGUCCACCCGGACCCGCUGGACCACCUGGAGAGAGAGGCGCACCAGGACCACCGGGACCGCCUGGAGCUCCAGGGGCAAACGGACCGACCGGUGCCAUAAGCGCAGCUACGUACAACACCGUCCCAAAGAUCGCUUUCUACGCCGGACUUAAAAAACAGCAUGAGGGAUACGAGGUGCUCAAGUUUGACGACGUCGUCACAAACUUGGGAAACCAUUACGACCCUGCAACUGGUAAAUUCACCUGCUCCAUACCCGGGAUUUACUUCUUUGUUUACCACGUGCUGAUGAGAGGGGGCGAUGGAACCAGCAUGUGGGCUGACCUCUGCAAAAACAACCAGGUGCGAGCAAGCGCCAUCGCCCAAGAUGCGGACCAAAACUACGACUAUGCCAGUAACAGUGUGGUCUUACACCUAGAGCCUGGAGAUGAGAUUUACAUCAAACUAGACGGAGGCAAAGCGCACGGAGGCAACAACAACAAGUACAGCACUUUUUCAGGCUUCAUGCUGUACGCGGACUGA